AAUUAAAAUUUUGUUAUUAAAAAAUAACUCACAUUAUAAGAAUUCUCUAACAUGUCACCAAGAUCUCUAAAGACACAGCAGUGAUUAUAAAGCCCAUGGCUAAAAUGGUAAGGCUAGAACCUAAGGCAUGUAAUUAAAAUGAAAUUCACAUUGAACAGCACACAAGUGUGCAGGAUUCCUGACAAGCAGGUAUCUAAGGGUGAGGCUAUUGUGCCCUAUACAAUAACAAGGAGGCUACAAAGAGAAAAAGAGAAACAUAGCAAUACUUUCAAAUGUAUCCAACUCUACAAAUUCAAAUUACUUAGUAAUGAUUGUAUGUAUUUAAUUUUAAAUGACUGUUUUGGUCGUUUUAGUUUGUGUGUUUAAUUAGUAUGCAAGUAAUAUUUUAUUUGGUUGUGUAAAUUUUUAAUUGCACAGAAUGCUGAAUAUCAUAGGUUUCAAUUCUCUGCAAAUCCUACAAUCCCUAUUUCUGGCAGACUUAAACUAGUAGUACAUAAUAUGAAAAUUAUACAGUAUGUAAAAGCACACACUAUUGUAUUUAUAAAUAAAGAGUACUAAACAUAGCAAUACUGGAGUAUAUAACAUAAAAUACACUUUUUUUUUUUCAACAUCAGCCGUCUCCCACCGAGACAGGGUGACCCAAAAAGAAAGAAAAUCCCCAGAAAGAAAAUACUGAAAAUACUUUCCUCAUCAUUCAACACUUUCACCUCACUCAUACAUAAUCACUGUUUUUGCAGAGGUGCCCAGAACACAGCAGUUUAGAAGCAUAUAUGUAUAAAGAUACACAACAUAUCCCUCCAAACUGCCAAUAUCCCAACCCCUCCUUUAAAGUGCUGGCAUUGUACUUCCCAUUUCCAGUACUCAAGUGCGGCUAUAUAAAAAUAACUGGUUUCGCUGAAUCCCUUCACUAAAUAUUACCCUGCUCACACUCCAACAGCUCGUCAGGUUCCAAAUACCAUUCGUCUCCAUUCAUUCCUAUCUAACACACUCAUGCAUGCUUGCUGGAAGUCCAAGCCCUUUGCCCACAAAACCUCCUUUGCCCCAUCCCUCCAACCUUUUCAAGGAUGACCCCCUACCUCUCCUUCCUUCCCCUACAGAUUUAUUCGCUCUCCAUGUCAUUCUACUUUGCUCCAUUCUCUCUAAAUGACCAAACCACCUCAACAAUCCCUCUUCAGCCCUCUGACUAAUACUUUUAUUAACUCCACACCCUCUCCUAAUUUCCACACUCUGAAUUCUCUGCACAAUAUUUGCACCACACAUUGCCCUUAGACAGGACAUCUCCACCGCCUCCUCACUGCAGCAUUUACAACCCAAGCUUCACACCCAUAUAAGAGUGUAAUAUUUCGUGAAGGGAUUCAGGGAAACCGGUUAUUUUUAUAUAGCCGGACUCGAGUCCUGGAAAUGGGAAGUACAAUGCCUGCACUCUAAAGGAGGGGUUCGGGAUAUUGGCAGUUUGGAGGGAUAUGUUGUGUAUCUUUAUACGUAUAUGCUUUUAAACUGUUGUGUUCUGAGCACCUCUGUAAAAACAGUGAUUAUGUGUGAGUAGGUGAGUGUUGAAUGAUGAUGAUGAUAGUAUUUUCUUUUCGGGGAUUUUCUUUCCUUUUGGGUCACCCUGCCUCGGUGGGAGACGGCCGACUUGUUGAAAAAAAAAAACUUUCUAGUUUUUUUUUUUUUUUUUUUUUGGGGGGGGGGGGGUUCUUUCUUUUUGGGUUACCCUGCCUCGGUGGAAAACGGCCGAUGCGUUAAAAAAAUAAAAAAUUAGCAGUAAAUAUCACUUGAACAUAACAGACUAGUACUAUUCUGCCCUGAUGUUUAUAGAUGUGACAACAAUUACAAUAGAAAAUAAAACAUUGUACAUUCACGAAACAUCUGUUAGAUAUAACAAAAUUACUCCUAUCUAACACACUCAUGCAUGCUUGCUGGAAGUCCAAGCCCCUCGCACACAAAAACCUCAUUUACCCCCUCCCUCCAACCUUUACUGGCUGACCUUUACCCCAUCUUACCUCCACUGCAGAUUUAUACACUCGAAGUCAUUCAGUUUUGUUCCAUCUUCUCUACAUGUCCGAAGCACCUCGACAACCUCUCCUCAUCCCUCUGGAUAAUAGUUUUGGUAAUCCCGGACCUCCUCCUAAUUUCCAAACUAUGAGUUCUCCGCAUUUUAUUCACACCACACAUUGCCCUCAGACACGACAUCUCCACUGCCUCCAGCGUUCUCCUUGUUGCAACAUUCAUCACCCAUGCUUCACACCCAGAUAAGAGCAUUGGUGUAACUAUACUCUCAUACAUUAACCUCUUUGCUUCUAUGGACAAAGUUCUUUGUCUCCACAGACUCCUCAGUGCACCACUCGCCUUUUUCCCUCAUCAGUUCUGUGAUUCGCCUCAUCUUUCAUAGACCCAUCUGUUGACACGUCCACUCCUAAAUAUCUGAAUACAUUCACCUCCUCCAUACUCUUUCCCUUUAAUCUGAUGUCCAAUCCUUUGUUACCUAAUCUUUUUAUCCUCAUCACCUUACCCAUUCCUAUAUUCACUUUUAAUUUUCUUUUUAUAUGCCAUACCAAACUCAUCCACUAACCUCUGCAACUUCUCUCCAGAAUCUCCAAAAAGUACAGUGUCAUCAAUAAAGAGCAAGUGUGACAACUCCCACUUUGUGUUAGAUUCUUUAUCUUUUAACCCUUUGAGGGUUUUGGUCGUACUAGUACGUCUUACGCGUAGGGGUUUUUGACGUACUAGUACGCAUAAAUUCUAGCGGCCUCAAAUCUAGUGGGAGAAAGCUGGUAGGCCUUCAUAUGAAAGAAUGGGUCUGUGGUCAGUGUGCACAGUCUAAAAAAAAUCCUGCAGCACACAGUGCAUAAUGAGAAAAAAAAAACUGACCAUUUUUUUGGAAUAAAUCAGCGACUUUGCAGUGUAUUUUCGUAUGGUAUUUAUUGUUGUAUUCUAGUUUUCUUGGUCUCAUUUUAUAGAAUGGAAAACAUAUUACAGAAAUUGAGAUGAUUUUGACUGGUUUUACAAUGAAAGGUGCCUUGAAAUUGAGCUCAAAGUAGCAGAAAUGUUCGAUUUUUACCAAACUUCAAAAGUAAACAAAUCGUGCCAAGCGUGCAAUACACGUCAACUGGUGAGUCUAAUAUUCUUUCACAAGUGCACCAAUAAUAUUUAUACCAUUUUUUACACUAAUGCAGUAGUCUGCAUAACAGUAAAUCUUAUAUUUUUUGUGAGAAUAAAAAUUCAAAGUGGAAAGCAAAAGAAUAUAAGAGGGGCCUUGAGACGUGACUAAUGACUAGAGGAAAUGUCAUUUUAGUGCCAGGAAUGUCUUUCUUGUUUAUUCUGGACCCUAUUCGGAAAUUGGCAUCUUUUGAAAUUUGUGUGAAAUUGGCAAAAUUGCUAAAUUCUGACCACUGUACUGGAUAGUUGAAUUUCAUAAAUGGGUGGUUUCUUGCACCCAUUCAAUAGAAAAAAAUGGAGUUCUAGCGAAAUAUUCAUGUUUUUUGCGACUAGUACAGUGAAAUUGGCCGAAAAUGGGGCUCAAAGUGGGCAAAAUCGCCGAUGCGUAAACAUCGCCGAGACCACUAACUUUGCGAGAGCAUAAUUCCUUAAGUUUUCUAUCAAAUUUCAAACUUUUGGUGUCUUUAUGAUCGGGAAAAGAUUCUCUAUCUUUUCAUAGGAGAAAAUAAUUUUUUUUUUUUUUAAAUUUGGCCGACCCUGAGAACGAGUUUCGGAGAGGGCCUGUCGACCCUCAAAGGGUUAACCCCACACCUCUUGCCAACACCCGAGCAUUCACUUCUUUAACAACCCCAUCUGUAAAUAUAUUGAACAAACAUGGUGACAUCACACAUCCUUGUCUAAGGCCUACUUUUACUGGGAAAUAAUCUCCCUCUCUCCUACAUACUCUAACCUUAGCCUCUCUAUCCUCGUAAAAACUUUUCACUGCCUUCUAUAUCCUUCCUCCUAUUUCAUACAUUUGCAACAUCUGCCACAUUGCCCCUCUAUCUACCUGUCAUAUGUCUUUUCCAAUUCCAUAAAUGCCACAAAAACCUCUUUACCCUUAUCUAAAUAUUGUUCACCUAUAUGUUUCACUGUAAACGCUUGGUCUACACACCCCCUACCCUUCCUAAAGCCUCCUUAUUCAUCUGCUAUCCUAUUCUCCAUCUUACUCUUAAUUCUUUUAAUAAUAACUCUACCAUACACUUUACCAGGUAUACUCAACAGACUUCUUCCUUUCUUCUUUCAACACACCGGCCAUAUUCCACCGAGGCGGGGUGGCCCAAAAGGAAAAACGAAAGUUUCUCCUUUUACAUUUAGUAAUAUAUACAGGAGAAGAGGUUACUAGCCCCUUGCUCCCGGCAUUUUAGUCACCUCUUACAACACGCAUGGCUUACGGAGGAAGAAUUCUGUUCCACUUCCCCAUGGAGAUAAGAGGAAAUAAACAAGAACAAGAACUAGAAAGAAAAUAGAAGAAAACCCAGAGGGGUGUGUAUAUAUGUGCUUGUACAUGUAUGUGUAGUGUGACCUAAGUGUAAGUAGAAGUAGCAAGACAUACCUGAAAUCUUGCAUGUUCACGAGACCGAAAAAAGGACACCAGCUAUCCUACCAUCAUGUAAAACAAUUACAGGCUUACUCAACAGACUUAUUCCCUUUUAAUUUUUGUGCUCUCCUUUGUCCCCUUUGCCUUUAUACAAAGGAACUAUGCAUGCUCUCUGCCAAUCCCUAGGUACCUUACCCUCUUCCAUAUAUUUAUUAAUUAAAAGCACCACCCACUCCAAAACUAUAUCCCCACCUGCUUUUAACAUUUCUAUCUUUAUCCCAUGAAUCCCAGCUGCCUUACCCCCUUUCAUUCUGCUCACUGCCUCAUUAACUUCCCCCACACUCACAACUCGCUCUUCACUCAUACAAGAUGUUAUUCCUCCUUGCCCUAUACAUGAAAUCACAGCUUCCCUGUCUUCAUUACCAUUUAACAAUUCCUCAAAAUAUUCUCUCCAUCUUCCUGAUACCUCUCUCUCUCCAUUUAAUAACUCUCCUCACCUACUUUUAACUGCCAAAUCCAUUUGUUCCUUAGGCUUCCUCAACUUAUUACUCUCACUCCAAAACUUUUUCUUAUUUUCAACAAAAUUUCUUGAUAACCUCUAACCCACUCUCUCAUUUGCUCUUUUUACAUUGCUUCACCACUUAACUUUUUUUUCUUUUCCAUAUACUCCUCCCUCAUUUCAUCAUUUCUACUUUGUAAACACCUCUCAUAUGCUAACUUUUUCUCUUAUUAAACUCUUUACAUCAUCAUUCCACCAAUUGCUCUUCUUCCCUCCUGCACCCACUUUCCUGUAACCACAGACUUCUUCUGACCACUCUAACACUACAUUCAUAAACCUAUUCUAUACAUCCUCAGCCCCAUUGCCUAUACCCUCACUAGCCCAUCUGUCCUCCAAUAGUUGUUUAUAUCAUACCUUAACUGCCUCCUCCUUUAGCUUAUAAACCUUCACCUCUCACUUACCUGCUGCUUCCAUUUUCCUUGUAUCCCAUCUACCUUUUACUCUCACUGUAGCUACAACUAAAAAGUGAUUUGAUACGUCUGUGGCCCCUUAUAAACAUGUACAUCUUGAAGUCUACCCAACAGUAUACCAAUACGUACCAAACAAACUUUAUCUUGUGGAAUGAUAGAGAAUCUUUUCCGAAGGUAAUAAAACCAAAGGUAAGAAAUUUGAUGGAAAGCUUAUGGAAUUAUGCUCUCGCAAAGUUAGUGGUCUCGGCAAUAUUUACGCAUCAGCAAUUUUGCCCACUUUAUGCCCUAUUUUUGGCCAAUUUCAUUGUUCCAGUUAACCAAAUUCAUAGCUAUUUUGCUAGUAUUCCAUCUAUUCUGUCAAUUGAGUACAAGAAACUACCCAUUUACCUAUUUCAACUACCCAAUAAAGUGAUCAGAAAUCAGUAAUUUGGCCAAUUUCACACAAAUUUCAUGUGAUGCCGAUUUCAAAAUAGUGUCCAGAAUAAACAGUACAGACAUUCCUGGCACUAAAAUAAUGUCACAUCUUCAGGCCCCUCUUACAUUACAUUUGCUUUCCUUUCUGAAUUUUUAUUCACACAAAUAGAUAGAUUUACUGUUAUGCAGACUACUGCAUUAUUGCAUUGUAUAACAACCCAUUCAUGACCAUGUAUUAAACCGGCCAAUUGGACAUUUAUUGGAUGCGUGGCAUAAUUUGUUUACUCUUGAACAUUGGCAAAAAUCAAACCUUUCCACUACUUUGAGCUCAGUAUCAGGGUACUUUCCAUCCUGAAACCAAUCAAAAUCAUCUUUAUUUCUGUAAUAUAUCUUCUAUCCUAUCAAAUGAGACAAAAAACUGAGAACACAAACACAAAAAUUAUACAAAAAUACACCGCAAAGUCAGAAAAAGAAAUUGGAAUGGUUUGCCUGUGUUUGUGACACCAACAGUGUUUAUGCAAGAAGUAGCAGCAGGUUGGUGAGGCAACCCAGGAAAUUUGAAAUUAAGCUAGCCAAAAUUAGUGCCGGAUUAGUGAUGGAACCAGAUUGGCGAUUGCCAGAUCAGUGAUGUCCGAGCUGUAUAUGGUACAAUAUAAAUUUAGUUUAUUCAUAUGGGGAGAUCUAAUAUUUGUGAAUAAUAUAAUUUUUGAAGUUUGAAGAAUGGGUUUUGAGAUCAUUUUGGUUUCUUCUAGUAGAUACUUUCAGUUUUUGGGACUUAUUUGUAAUAGCACUUUCACGUAGAUACAUAUGUGUGGAAUUUACCUCAUGUUUGAUGCCCAUGGAUUCUGUUGCAGCUCUAUGAAGAAUUUUGAUUCCUGAAGAUGUAAGGUAAACAGUAGAAUGUAUGAACGAUUUGUAUGCUUAGUAAAUUUAAAGCUUUGAUUGGAAGUGAUGUGUGAUGUUUAACCUGAACCAUUUGAUGUAAUGCUGAUGGUUUCCUUUUGUUGUAUAAUUGGUUUAAGAUGGUUUAGAAGCAAAAGGAAGGCUCUGUCAUUAGUUGAAAAUUACAAGGUGAAAGAACACAAUUUUGAGUUUACCAUAAAAUAUUUUAUUGUAUGUAAAUGUGCCUUUUUAAUUACAUGAAAAUAUGUAAGAACUUUUUUAACAUUCACAGAACACUUCUUGUCUGUCUUGUUACUUCUGUGGUAUUUGUUUGCAUACACAGUUUGCAGUUGCUAAAUUACCUAUACAAACAGGUAAUUAUAGGUCUUUGCAGUUGUUGUUUUUAUUCACCAAAGAUAUUAUUUAAAGUAACACAGAAAGAGCUGUAUAUAACUGGCUUUGUAAGCUGCACGUGUCUUUAUUUUCCUACACUUGUAUCAACAGUAGCUUACACGAACAUUAAGUAAGGAUAUUGGCAAAAUAAGUGUUUUGUGUAUGUGUAUGUGUGCACUUUUUAUCAAAAGUAGGGUAAUGUGUUUCUGAUAACAGCAUAGUUGUGCAUGUAGUGACCAAGUCUGAAGUACUUGAAGCAAGAAAAAUUAUGCUAAGCUUGAUUUAAGAAAAAAUAUAUGAAACUUGAUGUAAUUUGACUGUUUUCCUCCAAAGUAUCGUAUGUUUAAUAAAAAUAAUUGAUUUAUAUUUAGUAGUUAUUUCAUUGUUCUUUAUCUUGUAUAUGCUUUGCUAAAGGAGUGUCAUAAUUUUAAGCUACUGCAGUUUAAUUCCCCCCAAAUGACAUGCUGUAAUGUGCCCAGAACAGAAAAAAUGAAAUUUACAGUAGUAGUAGUACUAUUGUAGAGGAUAUUCUUGGGGCUCCCAACUCAAGAAUGAGCUGUAUUGCUGGUGUUCCUACUUACAAACAAGUAUUUUGUAAUGCAAAAUUGACAGAAUGGCUCAUAAAAAUUUAAUUGAUUUGUAAGUGCUUUGUUCAGAAGCGAUGAUGUUUGCAUAGAAUUUUAUUAACGCUGGCUGUUUCCUGACAGAUGCAAAAUGGCAAACAAAGAAAAUCACUUGCAUUUGUUUUGCACUUGCUCCAUUGCACUGAAUGACCCACACAAGUAUGGAACUUUCUGUGAAUGGAGAAAAGGGGUCUUCAGUAGACAUACUGUUGGAGUGUGGGUAGGGUAAUUUCUACGAAGGGAAUCAGAGAAACUGGUCAGCCCGACUUGAGUCCUGGGGAAUAGAAAGGGCAGUGCCUACCUGAAGGAGGGGUGGGGGAUGUUGCAGUCAGAAGGUAAUCACAGUGUGUUGUCAGCACACUUCCGGAAAAACUAUGAUCAAAUGAAUGAUGGUGAAUGUAAUUUCUUCUUUGGGGCCACCCUCCCUUAACAGGAGACGGCCAUGAGUUAAAGAAAAAAAAUAUACAAUACAGGCAGGUCACUCUUAUACAGCAGGUUAGGUUCUGGGCUACUGCUGUAAAGUAAAAAUUUCUGUAAAGUAAAGCCUAAUAGCCUUUUUUCAUUUUCAGGUGCAUAUAAAAGCCUAAACUGUUGUAUUCUGAGCACCUCUGCAAAAACAGUGAUAAUGUGUGAGUGUGGUGAAAGUGUUGAAUGAUGAUGAAAGUAUUUUCUUUUUGGGGAUUUUCUUUCUUUUUUUGGGUCACCCUGCCUCGGUGGGAGGCGGCCGACUUGUUUGAAAAAAAAAAUAAAAAUAAAAAUAAAAAAUAAAAGCCUGAUAAUGUGAUUACACUAUCAUAUAUUAAGCAAGCAAUAGAGCUAGGCCUAAAAAAUGCACAUUCAGUACAGACAUUACUUACCUGAAAAUGUUUUCAUUCUUAGCUUGUAGUGAGUGGUGAAUAUAUUUAUUGUAGGAAGUCUGAAUAAAUGAAGAAUGGGUAUAAUUGAAAACUGCUGCAUUAGCAAAAUGCCAUAAAGCAAAGCUCUGUAAAGUGAAACCCAUUUGUAAUAAUAAUCCCUCAUUGUCUUGUCAGAAGGGUGCAGAUAUUACUUUCCAGAUACCCAUUAAGUUGCAACAUUCCUAGUCAGUUUACAGUGCAGGCAUCAUAUUUCCCAUUUCCAAAAUUCAAGUUUGUUUUACCAGCAGUAUGGAAGGGACAGCAUUAUUUAUGUGAGUGUAUUAGAUAGGAGUGAAUUGAGAUGAAUGGUUUUUGGGACUUGAUGAGUUGUAGGAGUGUGAGCAGGGUAAUAUUUUCUGAAGGGAUUCAGGGAAAUCGGUUAGCUGGACUGGAGUCCUGGAGGAGGGGGUUACAAUGCCGGCACUUUAAAGGAGGGAUUUGUGAUAUUGGCUGCUUGUAGUGACAUCUUAACUGUUUUAUCUGAAUGCCUCUGCAAAGACUUGAUUGUGUGAAUGAUGGUGAAAGUGUUUCUUUUUUGGGUCACCCUGCCUUGGUGGGAUACGGUUGGUUUGUUGGAAAAAAAAAAUUAAUGAAAAUUGAAUUUAUGGAGAUACUAGAUAUGACUUAGAGAAUUGUAAAGCAAAUAAGGAAGUAAUUAUGUGAUAAUAGUUGAAGAUAUGAAUGAAUUAAAAAAUUGAAUAACAGGGUAUAAUUUAUAACAUAGAAUUCUCCUCAAGAAAGGUUUCCUAAUGCUGGGGAGAGACUUGAUGCAGGUGAGGAGCUCUUGAUCCAAGGAAUUAGACCUAACUUUCCUUACCAUGGAUUCAUUCUCAGUACGGUGGAAACAUUAGGAUUGGUUUCCUUAAAACACCUUCUGUCCCUGUUCACUUACAGUAGAUGGACACCUGGAUGUAAGCCAACUGAUAUGGGUCACAUGUUGGGGUCAAAACUGACCUAAUUUCUCCAAAAUGUUCUGCAUAACCAGGGGCUUUCUAUAUACAGGUCCACAUCCCUUUAUCCGAAACUCUUGGGGCCAGUAGUGUUUCUAAUUUCAGAAUUUUGCGAAUUUCAGAAUGAAGGUUGGGUCUAGGGCAGCAACCCAUAAUCAUACAUUAACACUGCAGCAAAAACAUAUGAAUACUCGCACUAAGUGGGAUAAAUAAAGACUACAAAUACUACAAUGGGUUAUUUAUGGAUUAAUAUAUUGACAAAUGAAAUGUAGUAAUGGGAUAAUUAUAGACCAGGAACGAGAUUCUCGAGACAAUUGACAGACGGUGUUUUUAAAGACUUCUUCAAUUGUCAUCUGUCUUAUUGACAUAGGUUUCUGUCUAAGCAGUCUCUUGGGUUACCCAUGCUUUCUUGUUGGCAUAAUAAUGCACACGUAAAUUGCGUACACCUUUCAGACAUCUCGAAUGUUUGCUUUUUCCAAUCGCUGCGACCUUCACCUUGUGUGUGCCUGCAGCAUUGGCACACCCAAGAAUAGUUAACCUGUCCUUAGCAUCCUUAACCCUUAAAUGGUCCAAACAUAUAUAUACGUUUUUUCAACAUCUGAAAGUAUGUAAAAAAAUGUAGAUCUUCUUUUUUUGUUUUACAUUUGAAAACGUGUAAAAAAACUUUUAUCUUCAUUUUUUUUUUGUUAUAUUUGAAAAUAUGUAAAAAAAAGUAGAUCUACUUUUGUAGCAAUACGAAUUUGAACGUCGAUCUGUUUGGACCGUUUAAGGGUUAAAACCUGUUGGUGCUUUUUCAUCAGCCAUUGUUGUUUUUCUAGGAACGUAGCACCAGUAGAGAGCUGUUUCAUCAGCAUUGUAAAUUUAUUCAUAACUAAGGUUUUUAUCGGAUAUUAUCUUGGCAAAUUCGUCAUUGUAAUAUUCAGCUGCUUCAUGGUCAACAGAACCUUUUUCACCACAGAUUUUCAGACAUUUUACACCAUUACGCUUCUUAAAUUUCUGCAGCCAACCAUCUGAAUAUUGACACUCGCCUUCAAUGUUCAGUUCUUCAUGAUAUAUUCUAGCUUGUUUCAUGACCAACAAACCAGUCAGCGGCAUAUGUUCACUUCUUCGUUGUCGAAUCCACUCCAUUAGCACACAGUCAAGAUCUUCGUUUUUUGCUGUAUGCAGUGUUUUCCUAUUUUUCAUUAGUUUUUAGUCAUCACUGUCACUAUAAUAUUUUAGUAAGUUAUCUUUGUUUCUUUAAAUCAUAAACAGUGGUAGUUCCAACACCAUAUUCUUCAGUAAGAUGCUGCACUGACACACAGUGAUCAAGUUUCUGCAGUAACUCUACUUUCUGCGUUAUUAAUAAUGUCAGAUGCUUCCUUUUCUUUUUCUCACUGUUACCCAUAGGGAUAUCUGCAGCUUUUUUUGACAUUCUCAGUGAAAUUAAAUACAAUCGCAAAAUAAAAAGCAAAAACAAAAUAUCAGCGAACAGCAGAUGCACGUGUGAACACUACAAGUGCUGAGACACAACUGACGCCUGCCAUCCUGGCUGUCAGUGCUGGGUCAUGCCACCACGUGGCAGCAUUGGAGUUAAGUAGAGAUAACUGACACUCCAUGAAAAAACUUCAGUUUUCAGAACUUUUCGAAUUUCAGAAUUUCGGAUAAUGGGAUGUGGACCUGUAACAGUAUGCCCCUCAAGGAAGGUUCCUUGAUGCUGAUGAGGAGCUCUUGAUCUAGGGAAUUGAAUGUGCUCCAGUUCCUUGAAUUAAGCCUGCAUACCUUCCAUCCUCCCCCACCCCCACAUACACUGUAUAAUCCCUACGAGUUUAGCGCUCCCUCAUGAUUGUAAUAAUAAUUAUAUAUAAUAGUAUGCCACUGAUGUCAGCUAGGCCUGUAUAUGUUGUAGAAAUAGAUUAUUAUUAUUAUGUUAGUGAUAGGCUCUUGAUUCAAGGAAUUAUAGCUGACCUUUCCUUAAACCUGAUUAACUUCCAUUUUCCAAGCAAUGUAUGAACUACAAGUUAAGGGCUUCUUUCCUUUUUUUUGUUUUUUCCCAGAAGCUGCUAAUAUCACAGAUCAGAUGGCCCUCCAAAUGGCUGCCUCAUCACUUUUUUUUUACAGAUUAGGCUCUGUAUUUCCUACCUUCAGGACAACAUUAUAAUAAUUGUUUCAGCAGCAGGGGAACGAGGGUGCAAUUGUUGAUAACUGUGACGUCCGCCGAGUACAUUACAAUUUAUUUGGCAUUCACGCACAUUUGCAUGCCUUCUUGACUAGCAACUGGCAGUUCAAUGCAGCAAUUCUGGGACCCCUACUGCUCUAUUAAAUGCCCAGUUCAGUUAACCAAUAGUGUGAGAGCUGGUCCCUCAGGCUAGGUGAGGUUGUUUAACUACUCAGCUGUGGGUCAGACAUUCACUCAAGUUGGUCUUGUACACUCAUACUCUCAUGCCUGUUCUGAGGUGUAAAAUGGUAAUGUUAUGAGUGACUUUUUGCAUUUUUGCUUAUUAUUAUUAUUGUACUGCUGAUUUCACUCUGUGAAUACUGUAUCUUUCUUGAAAGUUUUAUUCGGGUAAAGAAAAAACUACCCUGAAUUUACCUUUGCCUUUGAGUGUCUGGGUCGAACCUUGUCUGAAGACUUAAGUUACAGCCAGCUACAACAGGCCUUGGAAUUGCUACCUGCAUCUGUAACAGCAGCCUUGUAGGAGACAAGAGAAUAAGGAAGACUUAGUCAUGUGACCAAAUUAGGUUGGCAUUACUGGACCCCCAGUGCACCUCUGCUCAGGAAGCCAUACAGCUGGCAGGUUCUAGAACUGCACGACUCGUGUAGAUUUAAGUCGAAUGCACCAGGUAUGUCAAACUUCUCUCUGGCUUAGUGCUUUUUUCAUGAAUAAUAAUUGCUUAUAAAACAAUAAAUACUAGUUUGCUUGUAUGAGAAAAUUUAUUUAAAUACUAUAAAUUUUAUUUUAUUUAUUAUAUAUUAGCAAGAUUAUGCAUGUUUGAUACAAAUAUAUGACUUAUAAUAAUCUGUAUUUAGUCUAUGGCUUUGCAAAGCAGUUUUAUAUUCCCACAGAAAAAAAGCUUUUUGAGAAAGGAAAAAGUGAUAAUCGAGAAAUAUUGUACAUGUAAUCUGAAUGAUGAAAUACCUCUUUCUUACCUACAUAUCUCCUACCCUUUCUCCUCUCUCCUCUCUCUCUCUCCCCUCUCCCUUUCUCUCCUCCCUCUUCCUCCUCUAUUUUUCUUUCCCCUGCUCUCUCAUCUUACCUUUCCUCCUUUCUUGCUUCCUUAAUUUUCUCUCCCUCAACACAAAUAUACUGAUAAUUCCAUCUCUGAAACUGAUGCUAUCUAUGACCUUUAAUUAAUUACAUUAGAAAGUGCUUCCCUGUAUCAUUUUAAUUAUAUUCUUUUCUAAUAUUCCCUUUUAAUUGGCUCUUGUAUUUUAUUCCUAUUUCUUAAUUUCCUUUUUCUAUUCAUGUGUAUUCUUUUCAGUUUUAAUGUAUUAUACAUUCAUUUCUGUUUUAGAGCAUUGAUGCACCCUCAUAGGUUCAGUGUGGGUUUUAAACAAAAAUUAUACAGCAUGUAAAACACAUGUAGCAGAGCGAGCUCUAAGUAAUUCUUUAUCAGGUCUGUAUUAUCUUAAACUUAAAUAUACUAACAGUAACACGUACAAAUUUACUUUAAAAGUUAAGUCAUGUCUACGUGCAUACACGUGCACGUGUUCAUAUGCAUGUGUGCGCAUGUAAUACUGAUUCCCAAGCCAAGUGUGCUUAGCCUCAAGAAACCCUGCCUCAGUGUGGUGUGCCGCACCUCGCAGCAAGACACAAGCAGGGUAGGAGAGGAUCAAGAAUGAUAUCAAGUAAAGUGUGCCUGAGGCAAGGUGACCUGUCCUCACCGAUGUUUGUGAGACAAGUCAGGUCGCUGCCAGUGAUGCAAGAUGCUCUCUCCCUGGGUGCCUCACUCUACCGUACCACGAAGGAUAAGCAGUAUGUGGGUGUGGCUGUGCAGGCAGCAGAGAUGGGUGUGUGGGUUGCAGCCAACAUCAUGUUACCCUUGGUCUCGCCCCUGCUGGAGCGAGUGAGUGGAUGGACAGCCUUGGAUGAGUGGGCAUGCAUGGGUCUUGACCAUGUCAAGGAGGCACUGCCUGUUAUCAAUAAACAAACUAAAGAGAUUGUGAGUACCACCCGCAACACAGUGCUCACCGCUUUGGCUGGUAAUGAAGCCACUGAGGUGCCACCCUCCUUCAGUGCUGCCCUCACCUCACGUGCCACUCACACGAUGGGGUGUGUGGCUGAAAGCAAAGGAGGUCAAGUGGCAUUUGGGACAGCAGAGCAUCUGCUGGACAUGGCUCACACACUAGUGGAUACAUAUGUGCCUCCUGCCAAAGGAAACCUUCAUGAAACAGAAGGCAGAGGCGGGUCACUUGGGCUGAAGGCAGUGGCACUGACCAACAAGAUACAUCGACGUUUCAAGCGGCAUAUUCACACACAGCUAAAUGUUAACUCUAAAGAUGACUUGGAUGAUGAUGAUGUUAUCAUCACUUCUGGGCACCUGCUGGAGCUUGGACGACGUUCUCUAUUCAGCUGGUACCUUUAUAUAAGCCAACAGCAGCAUGUCCAGCAGGUGAUGGAAGGAGCCAAUGCUGUGAGGAAGCUGGUGUUGAAUGGAGCAAAAACACUGUACACUGCCAUGAUUCACAGAGCAGGCACAGUCUGUGCAUUUUUAACAAGAGACGUGGAAAGCGUAGAGAGAAGUGGUAGGGUAGGUUCAAUAAAGGGUGGAUUUAAAAAAUCGAGUGAUGUAGGGAGGGACGCUCUAGACAUGUUGAAUAAAGAAUCAAGCAGUGUGGCUCUGGCUUGCACUUUGGUAACAAAUAGAAUAAAUGUUGCUCACCGAGUUAUGAAAUGUGGAUUGGAUGUUGUAUACACUUUGACAGUAAGGGUAACAGAAAAAACGUACAGUGGGAUAACAGAAGUAGCCAGUAUGGCACACACUGUGUUAAGUGGAACAGGCAUAGUUCAUAAUAUAAUGAAUGCAAGGAUCAUUGGAUGCACAGUGCCCAAAAGUACCACAAAACACACAAAUAUUGUUCGACCAACCAUCAUCAGAUUCCCUAUCUCUGAGUAUGCUUGUAUGAGUUCUGUUGCUGCUCAAUUGAAAAAAGACAAGGCCACUACCCAGGCUGCUCUCUGGUACUCCUGGGGUGUAUCUAGAGGAAUGAUGGCAUGGGUGGCAUCAGUCAUUCAUUCAUACAUGACUGAUAAUUCGUCGGAUCUGAAGAUAUGUAAGGAGUUUGUCAUGAGAAAUUUGUAGAGACAUCCAUGAAGUUGGUUUAUACAUUACAUUCAAGACUUGCAAGAUCAAAAUCUUGUCACUUGCUUACCAACUGUUGAGCAUUUACUAUUAUUCCAAUCUACUUUGACUUCUUGCACAGUAUCUGUAUUCAAAAAGGUGCCUUAAUACCAGUGAAAGGCAUUUGAUCCAAAGAACUGGAACUAAUUUUUCUCUCUCCUUGGAUUCCUCUUCAAGGGGGGCUCCUUGGUGUGGUGAAGAGGCUCUUGGUCUGAGGAAUUAGACCUGUUGGUCUUCUUCCUCAGACCGAACCUAAUUACCCCCCAUUCUCCCCUCCCCUAUCCCAUCCUCCCCUUUUUCCAUUCCUCCUCCUCCUCCCCUCCCCUCCCUUUUGCCCUUCCUCUUUUUGGCCUUUGGGAUUUCUCCCACAGGCGCGCUAGUUCCUAGGUAGGGGAAAGGACACCGGGGUCCAUCCCAUUCCGUUGAGGUUCUUGGCGGUGGCGUAGUUUGCCGUGGAAUCUGGAUCGCCUGGGGAUGUCCUGAUCCCUCUCCGGUAUCCCAGAGUAGUUUUGGGUGUCUUUCGGGCGACGGGUGUAUCUCUGGAAGCCACCUUUCAGAUUCCGGGGGUGGUGGCCGAAGGAGGUAUGCUUUGUGGCGGAUAUCCGGCCGCCCUCUCUUUUGUCCACCGAGGUAGCUCGGCAGAUGUGAGGUUGCUAUCCCGGAUUGCUGGUUUACUGGCGUGAAGGGUAGGGUAUGACACGGGUUCCAUGCUGCAUCUGCGCUACUAGCGGUGCUGAGGUCCUCUUGGGCGCAGAGGGAGAUUUCCGGCCCUUUCAUUCCUCCCCGCUCCCCCCUUUUUUUUAUUCUUUUUUUAUUUUUAUUUUCUUUUUUUCUUUCUUUCUUUUUCUUAAAAAACAAAAAGAAAGGAGUAACCUAACCAGGGAGUACCCAAUCCAU